AUGAGAAGAUCACUAAAGGAACUUGUUCCAGUUGUCUUCAUGAUAGCCAUUUUGAGGGAAACUGAUUCAUCAUUGUCAUUUGCUGAUGGAUGUAACCAAACAAAUGCUGCUGCUCAGCAGAUAGCCCACCGUUUACACGAGGUUUUCGAGAAAAACCUUGGUUUUAACCGUCUUCAAAGCUUAUAUGAUUCUCUUUCCUGUGUUAAUCAAACCACUGAUGUUAAAAGGCUGCUGAACAGUAUAACUGAUCCUGCAGCUGCUCGGCUUAAUGCCUCUGUAAAGUUCCUACAGGAGCUUAGUGCUACGCUGCAUCAGUUGUCAAGUAAGACCCAUCAUGAAAACGUUACUGAAUGUUGUAAGUAUUUGAACGGCACCAGCGUCACAACCUUCUUCAGCGAAAGACUUCGAUCUUUGGUGGAUACAACUACUGGCUGUUCUAUCAAACAUUCGACUUUAAGUGGCGAACGUGAAAGCUUUAUCCUCAACGCUGAGUUGUCAAAAAGGUUCAAAGACAACUUUAAAGGGUCGCCAGUGGUUGCAUGGCAAUAUUACGGUUCCAUAGACGGAGAAUACGUCCAGUACCCUGGAAACACACGCCAUUGUGAAGGCACCUCUUCAGCACAGUUUGAUCCACGGUUUAAAUCAUGGUACGUGGAAACAGCAUCUCCUGUUAAGAAAAAUCUUGUGAUCAUUGUUGAUCGCAGCGGCUCCAUGUCAGGUCUGAGAAUGCUUUUAGCCAAAGAUUCCGCUGUCACAGUGCUUGACACCCUGUCAGCUCAGGACAAUGUCGGCAUCUUGGCAUUUUCCCACCUGAUAAAGACCCCAUCUGGAUGUUUCGGAGCCACAGUUGCGAAAGGAAUCCCUGCAAAUUUAGCUAAGAUGAAGCAGUGGACCCGGAAACUCACGGCGUUCGGAUCAACUUAUUACGCGAAAGCCUUCAAAAGCGCCUUCAAAAUGUUUGAAAAUGUCACAAGGCAGGGAUCUGGAAGAACUAACAUCAUCUUGUUUUUAACGGACGGGGAUCCAAGUGACACUGAAGCAGAAAUCUAUCAAGCAAUCGAUGAAGGACAGGCUUCAAUGAACCACACAGUCCAAAUUAAUACGUACGCUCUCGGCACUGGCCUCUCGCAUAAAAGUCUUCAAAGAUUGAAAACUAUCGCGUACAACAACAGCGGUGUAUUUGUUGAAAUAAGCGACCAGAGGGAAGGGGUACUAAAACGAAUAAUGGGCAGCUACUACACAUCAAUAAACAUACCGAUUGAUCAGAAAGCCCGGAUUUCUGACCCUUUCAUGGACUCAAAGCUAGGGCUCACAGUAACAGUAUCUGUUGCCCUGAUUCACAAUGAGUCAUUAAAAGGAGUCCUUGCACUUGACCUUCCUCUGGAUCGCUUGUUCAAAGAAGCCCUUCGUGCGUCUUCCAAUGCCCAGUCCUAUGCCAUACUCGUGAACAAAGAAGGUCGGACAAUUUUGCACCCAUCCCUCCCGAGUCCGACUGACACCACUAGUAGCCGCUCGUUUUUGCCGCUUUCGUUGUUUGAGGCCAGCCUCCCUGAUGACAUCAUAUCAAACAUAACCCAUGGAGGGUCUGGUGAACAGUGCUACGAAGCUGGGUUUCCUGUGUUACUUGGAGAUCGGUCCACAGAUGGAACCCAUAUCUUCUACAGAAAUGCUACUUACAUCUGGACACCUGUCAGAAAAAAUGCUUAUUACAUUGUCUUAGUGGUAGCUGAUGGACAGUCCAUUAAAACCGACUUUACAUCUUUCAAACUUACGAGGAAUAACUCACCAUCGCUUUACCAUCGAUUGGAUUUGUGGAGGAAUAUUUCCGAUUCUUAUCCCAGUGGAAUUUGUAGUUCAAAAGAAAGUCUACUGAUUUCUCCAACGUCCUCUUCUAUCAAGAUUUCUCCAGAAGCAUUUAAUGAUUCUGAUGAAUUCAUCUACAAUACAGAAACAAUCAGAGAUGUGCAAAAUAUCCAACGGUUUUUCAAUGAAAAUGUCCCUCACGUUCGUUUCAAAGGCCUUAGUGAAGCAAUCCGUGCAGAGGUGAUGAUGACAUCAGAAUUGGAGGACUUCUGGAAGAGAGCCGAAUUAACAAACCAGUACUUAGUUACCUGGAGAUUUGUUGGAACACAACAAGGAGUAUUAAGAACGUUUCCUGGUAUUCGGUUGCAAAAGACAUAUUCUCACCUACAGCAAUCUUGGUAUAGGCAAGCAUCUUCAACGCCUGAGAUGAUGGUUGUGUCACUGAGAAAUUCAGCUUACCAGCAGGAUAAAGUGUUAAGCUUAAGUAAAGCUAUUCCCAGGACAAGCAGUGCAGGUGUCCAGUUCGGCGACAAUCAAGCGCGAGAUGUGCUGGCCGUCAUGGGAAUGGAAAUGACCAAACACGCCUUUGUGCAGCUCAUUACUGAAAAGGUUGAUUUUGAAAAAGAUUGUGGCGAAGAAUGGUACAUCGUCGAACGGAGUGGACAGAUUAUGAUGAACCUCUCUCGUUCCACUAGUCUGAAAACUCACAAGGGGCAUUUAACAGACGUUUUCCCUUGGCUGGCGAGUCAGUUAAUCAAAAAGGACAAAAAUUUGAAGACAUCUUGGUGCAAUGAUUACCAACAGCACACAGUUCAAUUGUUCUAUGAGCUCAUUAAUUCCGCUGACGGAGCCUCUUCAAAAAGUUCAGAUCCCUGUCUUCAGUUCAGCUUAAACCAAAUACAAGGAACGUCACUUUUCUUGCUCAGCUUUCCAUCGAGAAGUCUGCAUAACUGCACCGACCGACCUACUGCACCAAAUGAGGACUGUUUCUGUGAGGAGUCUUGCAGGGUCUGCUCAACCAAUGCUGUGUCCGUUUGUCAGUGUCCUUGCUCUUGUCACAUGUCAUAUGACGAGUGUGAAAAUUCUGUAACAAGUCUGUGGACAUCAUCGCCUUGCCCAGUCUCGGUUCCCCCGCUGUUUGACACAGAUAAGGAAGACGUUGCUCUGAAGGAUGCACUAGCCUCUGCGCCCAGAUGUGCCCGAGAUUGUGUUCAAAUAGCGAACAUAAGUGAAUGUGGAAACACUUUAGGCUGUCACUGGUGUUCAGAACAAGAGGUUCCAUUGUGCAGCUCAGAAUGUAGAACUAGCCAAAGUUUGUCGAUGUUUGUCCGUUUUCCUUGCCAAAACUUCAUGAGUUUACUGGUUGAUCAACAAAACACUAUAAAGUACUUAUUCAAGACAAAUUUACUGCGACUGGUAAGCAGUACCUCCCCACUUAACAUUGGUGUUUUACAGCUGCAGAAGGAUGGAAUCGUUGUUAAAUUACAAGCUACAACCUCAAAUAGUGAUCUGAAGACCAUGCAAGAAACUAUAGAACACUUGGUAAAUCAAGGUAAAGUUGUGCUUGGACCUGCUGCCGAUAUACGUGCAGUUUACACCGCAAGGAGUCCUAAGGAAUUUACAGAUCUUCAUGUUUUAUUUACCUUGGACCAAGCUCUACCACAGCCCUCACAAGAAAAGAGUAACAUUAAAGCCCAGUUGGAGUCCAUCCUCAGUAAACUUGUGGGAAGCUCACUAGUCAGUAGAAUUCGUCGCCUAUGCCUUAACAAGACAUCCAUUCGGUUUUCCUUGAGCAACGAGGGUGAAACUGUACUACAUCCGAUCAACGAAAUGAAAACGCGUCUUGAGCGCCUGGUUAAGCUGGGAAAAAUAUCUUUUGAAGUUCCACUUAUUACUGGAUCUGCUGUAAUGACUGAUGUUUCAGUUGUAAACAUUUCUUCUGGCGGUACUUUUGAUUUUUUGUGUCAUCCUUACACAUCAUCAACAUCUGCAAAGACGACAUCGCCACAAAGCACGCGCCAUGUUGAAAGCAGCACAAUGUUAAGCGGAACCAUCUCUCCCUCCGACAAGGACGAUGUUCGCGAACAAGGCCUCACUCCUGUGGAGAUAGGAAUCGUCGUCGGGGUUUCUGCGCUUGCGGUGUCCGCUUUACACUGUAUUUUGUUUGCGCUGUGCAAGAGGGGACGACGGGAAAAUAAAAAGAGAACAGUGUCCCCAGAAGGAAAUUUUGAGGAUGAGUUACCGUCAGAACUUUCAGAUCUGUCAGAAAUGGAUACUGAUACGCAUAUUGCUCUAAGUAAUAUCAACACUACUUAUGAACCAACAAGAAUUAAUCUGUCGCCAAGAGAGGCCUGGGCUAGAGCAAGAGAACUAACAAUUCAAGCGCCACAACAAGUUCCAAAAGGGGCGUGGUUUUAAAACGUACAUUAAAAAGUAAUUUUAGAGUUGUUUUAGCUAGUCACGAUGAUAUAGUACGAUAAUGUCAUGAUGUAAUAUUUCUUGGAAACACAUCAGAAAGAAUCGAGAAUCCCGGGUGGGUGAUAUGAUCAAUUUUUGCUGUGUAUUAGCCGCUGGCCUCUCAGAACCCCUAUCCCAUUAUAGUCUGCUUUGUGGCCAUU